UGUUGGGAGGUGUCUCUGAGCUGGGGGUGUUUGUGUCCUUCCCCAGUCAAUAUAAAAGUUUCCCUUGUGCUGGAGCCAGAGAUCAGCCGGGGCCCCUCUGUGCCAGGGACAUCGUUGUUCAGCCUCCCCCCAGGACCCCCGUGAAUGGAACAUCUGCUCCUCAGCCCAGACCCUCACAUUCCUCCCCUUUACGUCACUGCCUGGGGCUCUCGCUGAUUAAAGGAGAACUUGCACAGAAAGUUUGUGAGAGACACAGGGGUCCCACCGGAGCGACUCCCAGUCUGACAGGGGACAACGGCUCUGCAGGGAGGGGGCAUCACUCGUCUGGGACACUCACCACUUGGACUGAUAAUAAGGGAGAACCUGGUCCAGAGCCCUGGGGUGCAAAAGAGCAACUGAUCCAGGAGCUGCACCCCCACCAGAGAAGCCCCCAGUCUGUGCUACAAUGUGGCCCUCAGAGUCCACCUUCCGAUGACAGAAGAUCCCACCCAUAGCACCCACUUAAGCAGCACUUUCCUGGGGGGCAGCAGAGUAUGCCAGCGGCAGAAUGCUAGCACGGAAGAGCAUCAUUCCAGAAGAAUAUGUCCUAGCCAGAAUUGCAGCUGAGAAUCUACGGAAGCCAAGAGUCCAUGACCACCAGCGCAAAGCCAGAUUUGUAGCCAAGAGCGGGGCCUGCAAUGUGGCUCACAAAAACAUCCGGGAACAAGGGCGCUUUCUGCAGGACGUCUUCACCACCUUGGUCGACCUGAAAUGGCGGCACACACUGGUCAUCUUCACCAUGUCCUUCCUCUGCAGCUGGUUGCUCUUUGCCAUGAUGUGGUGGCUGGUGGCUUUUGCACAUGGAGACAUGGACAUCAAGGACAACAUCAAGAACCUGGAGCCAUGCGUGACCAAUGUCAAGUCCUUCACGUCGGCCUUUCUCUUCUCCAUCGAGGUGCAAGUGACUAUUGGCUUUGGAGGGAGGAUGAUGACGGAAGAAUGCCCCCUGGCCAUCACCCUUUUGAUGAUGCAAAACAUUGUGGGUUUAAUUGUCAACGCCAUCAUGUUGGGGUGCAUUUUUAUGAAGACGGCGCAGUCCCACCGGCGGGCCGAGACCCUGAUAUUCAGCCGCCAUGCUGUCAUUGCCGUGAGGAACAACCGACUUUGCUUCAUGUUCCGGGUCGGAGACCUGCGCAAGAGCAUGAUCAUCAGCGCCUCGGUGCGCAUACAGGUGGUGAGGAAAACUGUCACCCCGGAAGGCGAGGUCAUUCCCAUUCACCAAAUCGACAUUCCGGUGGAAAAUCACAUUGAUAGCAAUAAUAUUUUUCUCGUAUCCCCCCUGAUUAUUUGCCACGUGAUAGACAAGAGGAGCCCAUUAUACGAGAUUUCUUAUUCCGAUUUGUCGACUCAGGACUUGGAAGUGAUCGUUAUCCUGGAAGGAGUGGUGGAAACCACCGGAAUCACCACCCAAGCCAGAACGUCCUACGUCGCCGACGAAAUCCGCUGGGGUCAUCGCUUUGUGUCCAUCGUGACGGAGGAAGAAGGAGUCUACUCAGUGGAUUACUCCAAGUUUGGGAACAUAGUGAAAGUGGCGGCUCCGCAAUGCAGCGCCAGAGAGUUGGACGAAAAGCCCUCCAUUCUGAUCCAAACCCUACAAAAGAGCGAACUCUCCCACCAGAACUCGCUGAGGAAACGCAAUUCCAUGAGACGCAACAACUCCAUGAGAAGGAACAACUCAAUGAGACGCAACAACUCGGGCCUGAUAAUGCCCAAAGUCCAGUUUUUGGCACCAGAGCAGAUUGAUACUUGAUACAGAUUUGUACUUACAUUUCUACCCAUGUGACAUUGGACAAAAAGGGAACUAUUGCCAUUUAUUACCCUACUUUUUAAUCCCUGUCCUCCGAGCUGCCCCGCCCCCUAGUGAUGUCACUGACUGACAGAAAGCGAGCCUUGGCAUCUUGUUAGAUAGGCUUUACAGCAGUGAUAUGGGAUUAUGCAGUAGGAUAAUGAAUGAUGAUAGUAUAUCUUUUAUAUAUUUAUUCGAUUGUAUAUACAGAGCACAAGAUGAUUGGGAUACAGGCUGCAGGCUUGAGACAUUAGGCACUUUCAAUAAACCGUUAACACUCAGGUUA